UGACAACUGAAAAUCAACCUGGCAUCACUGACAGCUAUUGUGUUAUGAGAAUUCUACGCAAGGAGCGACGGUGCAGAUAGGUGAAUUUCGUCGAAAGUCUCGAAGAACUCUACAGAGAUGUCGCUCAAGCCGCGCAGAAUAGCGUUCGACGAGGUCUGGAAGGAGCUGCGCGAAACGGUACAGCAGGUGAUCACCCUGCAAGACAUCAAGCGCGACGUUUGGAACAAUCGAUUUGUCGAUGUGUACGAGAUAUGUGUGGCGCAUCCGGAACCGUUGGCUGAUCGGUUGUAUUUGGAGACGAAAACGUUCCUAGAGAAUCAUGUGCAAACGUUGCUGGAGGAGCGAGUGCUGAUCGGGGACAGUCAAAAUGCUUCCAACGAGCAAUCGGCCGGCACUGGGUCGUCGUCUGCCUCGCCAUAUCUGCUGCUGGAACGGUACUACGACGUGUGGAUGGAGUACAGCAGUGGUUCGCAGUACUUAAAUCAUCUCUAUUUGUAUCUCAAUCAACAGCACAUUAAAAAGCAAAAGCUGAACGAAGCGGAAGCCGUGUACGGUUGCAGCAACCAUGGUGAUAAUCAGGAAAAGAUGGAGAUCGGUGAGCUGACGCUCGAGAUCUGGAACCAGUACAUGAUACAGCGGCUGGGCAACGAGCUGGUCGACCAGAUACUGAGCGGUAUCAACGCGGAACGGGUGAACAAUUCCAGCGGACAGCACAACAAGAGCACGGAGGUUAUUCGGGGCGUGAUACAGAGCUUCGUGGCGGUGCAGGAGGACCGACGCAAGGGAUCGCUCAAGCUGUACCAGGAGCUGUUCGAAACGCGCAUGCUGGAGGAAAGUGGCCAGAACUUCCGCAUCGUCGCUAGUGAACUGUUGCAGGUGUGCAGCGUAAGUCAAUAUAUGGAAAGAAUAAUCAAAAAGUUUGAGGAAGAAGAGAAGCUGGCUAAAAUUUAUCUACAUGAAAGUUCCCUGCCGAAGUUGCGCAAGGUGUGCGAGGAGGAAAUGGUGACCAAGCACAUGAACUUCCUGUACUCCGAGUGCAAGGAGAUGGUAGCGACUGAGAAGAGCACUGAUCUGCGCAAUCUGUACAUCCUGCUCAAACCCGUUACGGACGGUUUGAAGCGACUGAUCGAGGUGUUCCUGGAGCACAUCAAGGAGCAGGGCAAGAAGACGAUUUCGUGCAUGAAAGGUGACUCGGUACACAUACAAUUUGUGGAAAACAUGCUGGACGUGCAUCGAAAGUACGAAGAGCUGAUCCACACGACGUUCAAGUCGGACCCGCUGUUUCUCGGUGCGCUCGAUAAGGCUUGUGCGCGUAUCAUCAACGAGAAGCACAGCAAUAAUCAGGUAUGCCGUAGCGCCGAGCUGGUCGCCAAAUACUGUGAUAGCUUGCUGAAGAAAUCGAAAACGACUGAAGGCGAAAUCGAUCAAAAGCUGACGCGCAGCAUCAUCAUCUUCAAGUACAUCGAGGAUAAAGACGUGUAUCAGAAAUUCUACAGCCGUAUGCUGGCAAAGCGAUUAAUUCACGAGCAGUCGCAAAGCAUGGAUGCGGAAGAAUUGAUGAUUAACAAGCUGAAGCAGGCGUGUGGUUACGAGUUCACCAACAAGCUGCACCGCAUGUUCACCGACAUUUCGGUGUCGACGGAUUUGAACGCAAAAUUUAGCAAAUAUUUGAACGAUAACAAACACGAGACUGGUAUUAACUUUUCCGUCAAGGUGCUGCAGGCUGGUGCAUGGCCACUGGGACCAACGCAGGUGGUCGCCUCCUUCGCCAUACCGCAGGAGUUUGAAAAGUCCAUCCGCCUGUUCGAAGAGUUUUACCAUAUCAACUUUAGCGGGCGCAAGCUAACCUGGCUGCACCAUCUGUGCCACGGCGAGAUGAAGCUGUCGUUCGAAAAGCGCAACUACAUCGUCACGAUGCAGACGUACCAGAUGGCGAUACUGCUGAUGUUCGAAAACACGGACAAGUACACGUGCAAGGAGCUGCAGACGUCGCUGCAGCUGCAGCAGGAAAUAUUCCAACGGCACCUGCAGAGCCUGGUGGAGGCGAAAAUUUUGCUGCUCAACGAAGAGAAAAUGAAUGACGAUACGGAGGUUAGCAUUAACGUAAAUUAUAGCAACAAGCGUACUAAAUUCAAAAUCACCACCAAUCUGCAGAAGGAAACACCACAGGAGGUAAGUGAGGAUGCUUGGAUCACGGGUUGUUUUUCUUGUCUCAUCACGAUUCUUGUCCGCAAACAGGUGGAGCACACGAUGAACGCCGUCGAUGAGGACCGAAAGAUGUACCUACAGGCAGCAAUCGUACGCAUCAUGAAGUCUCGAAAGGUGCUGCGGCACAACACCCUGAUUCAGGAGAUUCUUUCCCAAUCGAAAGUGAGUUUCGCACCAAACGUGUCCAUGAUCAAGAAGUGCAUCGAGUCGCUCAUCGACAAGCAGUACAUCGAACGAACGCCCAACUCCGGCGAUGAAUACAGCUACGUGGCAUAAGCUGUGUAACGUUCACGACUUCCUACAACCUCCACUCCCCCCCCCCCUCCCCUCCAUCCACUUAAUGCGCACCACGGCGAGGGACCCCGACUAGACUAGAGCUGCAUGGAAAUUGUACGGAUUGUUAAACAAUACUCUUGAGGAAGCAGUCAGCCGCCUCCCAUAUUGUUGUGUGUGAGCCCAGGGCAGCUGCUCACGAAUUAGUUUUGAUCGCGCAGCGAUAGUAAUCCAUAUGCAAAAUCUUGGAGCAAGUAAUACAGUGAGGAAUCUGAAAAUUGAAAAUUUAAUUUAAAAUUGAACAGUGUCUUCUCUUACUAUGUGAUGGAGAGAAAAACAAGGAAGAACCGCUGGACACCAACAAUCAAUCACUCGCGGGACCAGCUGUAGGUUUCAUGAACAUUGAUUACGGCUUACGGCUGAGAAAAGUCGCUAUACAUCACCGCUGCUGAACGGAACAGCUAAUUAAUGGAACAGAUUGGGUUUUUGUUGGCGUGUGUGCGUGUGUGUGCGUGUGGGUAAAUCGUAAGUUUUUUUUGGUCGUUUUUGGUUUAUUCUCUUUGUGGUAAAAGAGAGGAGUAAAAAACGCGAUCGCGGACGUGUUUUGUGUUUUCGGGCGAUCUUGUUUUUUUGUGUACCAUUCUUUUUUUUUACUGUAAAUAUAAUCUUUUGUACGUGUUCAUGUUUUCUCUAAAGAAAAGCGACAAAGAA